UCCUAUUCUGUCUUAGCGAAGACAAGAAAAACAUCUCAAAAAGUUUUUCACCCAAGAAAGGAGAAAAAGGAAGAAAUAUUACAUGAGGACGAGUUGGGUGAAAAGGCCAACAUUUUGUAAUCGGAUUUGGUGGUGGAGUUAUAUUCUCUUCUACUUCUCCAUCUUCUUAGUCUUUUCGCCUCAGAAAUGCAUAGCUCAGAACGCCACCACCGACCCUUCAGAAGUGAGGGCAUUGAACACAAUAUUCAGAAAAUGGAAUGUACAAGCAAACCCCAUGUGGAACAUAAGUGGAGAGCCAUGCACAGGAUCUGCUGUGAAUAAUACGAUAGAUGUUGAGCAGAAAGAUAACAACCCCAGCAUCAAAUGUAACUGCACUUACGACAAUAACAGCACUUGCCAUAUCACUCACCUGAGAGUGCAGUCAUUGGACGCCCAUGGAGAGAUUCCUGAGGAGAUUACGUCUCUGAAAUAUCUUACGUAUUUCAAGAUUGACUUGAAUUACUUCACUGGAACAUUGCCUGCAUUUAUUGGGAAUUUGUCUGCACUACAAAUAUUGUCUGUCUCCCACAAUGAUUUCUAUGGGACAAUUCCAAAGGAGAUUGGAAACCUUAAGAAUCUCAUUAUGAUUGCCUUGGGAUCGAACAACUUCUCUGGCACACUCCCCCCAGAACUUGGUAACUUGCCCAAUCUUGAACUGAUUUACAUAGACAGUUGUGGACUCAGUGGUGAAAUUCCUCCCACAUUUGCUAACCUUCGGAGCAUGAGAGUAUUAUACACAACAGACAGUCCCUUCUCAGGAAAGAUACCAGACUUCAUUGGAAACUGGACAAAUCUAACUGAACUGAGAUUGCAAGGAAACUCUUUUGAAGGUCCUAUACCAUCAAGUUUUUCUCAAUUAACCUCAUUGAAGUCGCUCCGAAUCAGUGAUAUAUACAAGGGUAGUUCUUCUCUUGAUUUUGUCAGAAGCUUGAAGAAGUUGAAAGAGUUAAUUCUGAGAAAUGCUUUGGUAACUGGUAGGAUUUCAUCAUAUAUUGAAGGACUCAAAAGUCUAGAAACAUUAGAUUUGAGUUUCAACAACUUGACAGGCGAGAUCCCCAGCUCGUUGUUCACCCUGAGUAAUCUCACAUGCUUAUUUCUAGGAAACAAUAGUUUGUCCGGAAUCAUUCCUAGCCAAUGGAGUGACAAGCUUCAGAACGUAGAUUUAUCCUAUAAUUACCUAUCCGGCAGUUUACCCCCGUGGGUGACCUCAUUGUCGCAACUGAACCUAGUAGCCAACAAUUUUGUAUUUGACAGCUCCAAUAAAUCAGUUAUUCCCAGUCUGGAUUGUCUUCAAAGAAACUUUCCAUGCAACAGAGAUGCCCCACUAUAUGCAAAUUUAUCAAUCAAAUGCGGGGGACCACAAGUGAGGGGAAAAACUGGCAUAGUGUAUGAAGCUGAAAACUUAUAUCUUGGGCCAGCCAAGUUUUAUGUAAUAGAUGAGAGGUGGGCAGUUAGCAAGGUGGGUUUGUUCGCUGAUAAAACAGGUAAGCUAGAUAUUGAAGGUACCCGGGCAGAAGUUAGUGGCGCCACUGAGAACCCGGAGCUUUUCCAUACUGCAAGGAUGUGCCCAGGAUCGCUAAGAUACUAUGGUCUUGGCCUUGUGAAUGGGAACUACACCAUAACCUUGCACUUUGCAGAAAUUGGUUUCCCAAAUCGGAACUCGCAGAAGUGGGCAGGACUUGCAAGGCGCAUAUUUGAUAUUUAUAUUCAGGGAAGUCUCGAACAAAAGGACUUUGAGAUAGCAAAGGAAGCUGGUGGGGUAGAGAGAGCAAUAGUGAAGAAAUUCCAUGUAACUGUUUCAGAAAACUAUCUUGAAAUCCAUUUAUUCUGGGCUGGUAAGGGUACCUGCUGCAUACCGGAACAAGGUUACUACGGUCCAUUGAUAGCGGCUAUCCAUGUUGCUUCAGAUUUCACACCUACGUUUUCUGGGAUUAGAGAAACUACUCAAGGAGACAAUAAAACAGGUUUGAUACUUGGAAUUACAGUCCCUGUUGUGUUCGUCUGCCUUCUGUUACUUGCUGCGGUAUUUUAUAUGAGGAGAAAAUCAAACAAUGAGGAUGAAGAAGUGAUUCUCGGUUUAGGCCCCCAACAAAAUAUGUUUAGUUAUACUGAACUAAGAGCUGCCACAGAAGACUUCAAUCCUUCAAAUAAGAUAGGGGAAGGAGGAUUUGGCCAUGUAUACAAGGGUACUCUUUCAGAUGGGAGGUUUGUGGCUCUUAAACAACUUUCUGUAGCAUCUCACCAUGGAAGGAGCCAGUUUUUAUCAGAAAUUGCCACCAUAUCUGUUGUGCAACAUCGCAAUCUAGUAAAAUUGUACGGAUGCUGUAUUGAAGGAAAUAGACGCAUCUUGGUUUAUGAAUAUCUUGAGAACAAAAGUCUUGAUCGAGCACUAUUCGGAAAGAAUGACUUGCACCUGGAUUGGCCUACCCGCUUUAAUAUAUGUGCGGGAACAGCAAGAGGACUUGCUUACCUUCACGAAGAAUCCAGACCAAGGAUUGUACAUCGAGACAUCAAAGCUAGUAAUAUUUUGCUUGAUGAAGUACUUUGUCCUAAAAUAUCAGAUUUUGGAUUGGCAAAGCUCUAUGAUGACAACAAAACCCAUGUCAGCACACGAGUCGCAGGGACAAUAGGAUAUUUGGCACCCGAAUAUGCCUUGCGCGGGCACCUAACGGAAAAGGCUGAUGUGUUUGGUUUUGGUGUCGUUGCUUUAGAGAUUGUCAGCGGGCGGCCUAACUUCUGCAAUAGCCUGGAUAAUGAGAAGAUUUAUCUCCUUGAAUGGGCAUGGACCUUAUACGAAAAUGACCAGAGCUUGGAGCUGAUGGAUCCAACCUUAUCUGAAUUUGAUGAAAAUGAAGCCAUCAGAUUGAUAAGAGUGGCACUUUUGUGCACUCAAGCAUCGCCAUGGUUGCGGCCGCCUAUGUCGCGUGUCGUCGGCAUGCUUUCUGGAGAUAUCGAGAUAGACACUGCCAAAUCAAAGCCGAGUUAUCUCACAGAUUUGGAUUUUAAAGAUACGACUACUAGUGUCUUUUCAAGCGACACGGCGGAUACUUCACACAGUUCAUCGAAACAAAGUAGCCAUCUUUUCUCUUACUCUACGUGAGAGACAGCAUGAAAAAUAACAACAGUAAAUAACAAUAAUAAUAAAAAAAAAAACUUGGAUUUUGUUCCUCUACGAGUUAGGAUCAUGACUAGCUUUCCAAUGGUUACUUGUUUGAUGUUUUUACACGUCUUGUUUGAUGUUGUAUAGAUGUUUUUCAUUGUUAAACUAUUCCAAUUAAAUUCAUUGUCUGUUUGGCGUAUCUGUCUAUUUUAAUGUAUG